AUGAUGCUACUGGCUCUAGGGCCCAAAGCUUGGCCCAAGCUCUCUCACGUCAAACCUCGAGUCCUUCUUAGGAUCCCAGGAGGUGAAACUCUGUAUGUAAAGUCUAGGCACUGGUCAGGACAGGGCCAGCCCCAAGGCCCUGGGCUAAGAACUAGACUGCUGAUCACCUCCCUGUUUGGGGCUGGGCUGGGCUGGGCCUGGCUGUCUGCAAGAGCAGAGAAGGAGCAGUGGCGCCAACAGAAACGGACAGAGGCCCUGCGCCAGGCUGCUGUGGGCCAGGGUGACUUCAGCCUACUGGACCACAAAGGCAAGCCCCGAUGCAAAGCUGACUUCCGAGGCCAGUGGGUGCUGAUGUACUUUGGUUUCACUCACUGCCCUGAUAUUUGCCCUGAUGAACUGGAAAAGCUGGUGCAGGUGGUGCGGAAGCUGGAGGCAGAGCCUGGCCUGCCCCUGGUGCAGCCUGUCUUCAUCACUGUGGACCCAGAAAGGGAUGACGUAGCAGCCAUGGCCCGGUAUGUGCAGGACUUCCACCCCAGACUGCUGGGUCUGACUGGCUCUACAGAACAAGUGGCCCAGGCUAGCCGCAACUAUCGUGUGUACUACAGUGCUGGCCCCAAGGAUGAGGACCAGGACUAUAUUGUGGACCACUCUAUUGCCAUCUACUUGCUCAACCCAGAUGGUCUCUUCACCGACUACUAUGGUCGGAGCAGGUCAGCAGAGCAGAUUGUAGACAGUGUACGUCAGCAUAUAGCUUCCUUCCACAGCAUCCUGUCCUGAUCUAUAGAUACUGCCUAGGCCCUGUUAUUAAAUGGAUGUACUUAA